AUGGCGUCAGACCCAGCGUACCAGACAACUGAGGGGCUUCCUAAUCAAACACUAUACAUUUCGAAUCUGGAUGAUAAAGUCCAUGUGAACGAGCUUACAAAGCUUCUAUUCGAGUUGUUUGUGCCAUACGGCGAAAUAGUGGAUAUACAAGUCCGUCGAACCAAGAAAAUGCGGGGGCAGGCUUUCGUCUCAUUUAGCGAGAUAUCUGGAGCUAUCGCAGCUUUAAAGGGUGCCAACGAGCGGCUAUUCAUGAAUCGCCCGUUGAAGGUUGCUUAUGCGCGAAAACAGUCGUACAAAGCGAUGAAACCUGCGGAGUGUUACCGGCUGCUGACGUCAGCACGGUCAGUUCCAACAGAACCACAAGUUGUAGAAGACACUGUGGAAGCUGGUGAUGAUGUCGGUGGAAGACACACCUUGUUUGUAGAAAACAUGCACCCGGAUAUGAACAAGCUGGCGGUCGAGAUUCUAUUCAAGCAGUAUCCCGGCUACAAGGACACGCGAUUUGUGGAAGGGAAAUGUGUCGCUUUUGUCGAUUUCGCUACCGCAUAUCAGGGCGAAGUUGCUCUGCAAGGAUUACAAGGAUUCCGAGUAUCACACGGCCACGAACUGCGCAUAUCGUUUGCUAAGUAG